AUGGCGAAAUGGCGGGCGUUGGGUGUAAACGGGCGUUGGGUGGUGGAUUACGUUAAGGUCUCACAGGCUCUCUGGGGCCCAACAAUGACCCUGAUGAUCGAAUCUGUUUUGAAUUUGUCAAACAGAAAGCUCACGAAAUCGGGAACUUCUAGGGCUUUGGCCAUAAUUGCUUUUGAAUACAAUCAUACAACGAAUGGAGUUGGCUCCGGAUUGAAUGUUACAUGGGAGGGACCGGGUUUCUCCACUGCAGCGCACUUGACCGAUGUUCUCUAUAUACCUAACGAGGGCUGUUUCGUUCGCCUGAAGGCCACAUGUAACGAUUACGCUUUCAUGUCGGGAAACAUAAUCUGGCAGAGACAUCUCGUGUGUAAAGGCCUUCACCCGCCCCAAUUCUAG